AUGUUUCGAUGGAUAGUGGUUAUCAACAACCCCAAGGUCAUCGAUGAAGUCCGUGCUCUCCCAGACAGCGUCCUGUCUUCUCGCGAAGCCAACGAGGAGAUAGUUCAAACGCAAUUCACCCUGGGAGAACAUAUUAGCAAGAACGGGUACCAUGUUCCUGGCAUCCGCACCCGGUUGACUCGGGAAAUUCCCCGUCUCGUGCCCAGCAUUUAUGAGGAGGUCGUAGUUGGAUUCAAGGACUUUAUUCCACCAACAGAUGAUUGGUCCAGCAUCAAGGUUCUUGACACCAUGAUGAAGAUCGUUGCGCGUGCCAGCAACCGCAUAUUCAUCGGCGCUCCUCUUUGCAGAGACCCAGACUACAUCGAUCUUAACGUCCAGUUUACAGUAGACGUUGUGAGGGCUGGUGAAAUUCUCUGCAUGGUGCCGCAUGCACUUCGUCCAUUUGUCAACGCUUUAUUUUCCAACGUUCCGAAGAGGAUAGAAUGCGUUCUGAAACACCUCGCACCUGUGUUUUCUGCGAGGAGGAAGGGGCGCGAAGAGAUGGGAGAUGAUUAUCCAGGAAAGCCGCAGGACCUUCUAUCAUGGCUUAUGGACGUAGCAAAGGGAAAAGAGACAACGGAUUGGUAUCUCACGUCAAGGAUAUUGACGGUCAACUUCUCGGCCAUUCACACCUCGUCUAUGGCCUUCACGCAGGCACUGUUUUACCUGGCAGUGUAUCCAGAUUACAUGCAGCCUUUGCGCGAGGAAGUAGAGGAUGUUAUUAAGCGGUACGGCUGGUGUAGGGAUGCACUGGACGAGAUGCAUCGCGUCGAUAGCUUCAUCAAGGAGUCGCAGAGACUGUGCCCGAUAAGUAUCCUGUUGUUGAACCGUAUCCUCGUCAAGGACCACAUCUUCUCUGAUGGCACGAUGCUGCCCAAGGGCACGGCCAUCGCCGCCGCCACGCCAACCACCCACCUCAGCAGCAGCCGUUACGAAGACCCGCUCACAUUUGACGGCUUCCGGUACGUCAAGCUGAAGGCCGGUCACAUCGGAGCAGCAGGCACGGAGCGCAAGUUCGACAUGGUGGGCGUGACAAUCGACUCGUUGGGUUUCGGGCUUGGGCGCCACGCGUGCCCCGGGCGCUUCUUCGCUGCGAACGAGUUGAAGAUAAUGCUUGCCCAGGCAGUGGUUACGUAUGAUAUAAAGUUGGUCGAAGAGGCACGGGGUGUUAGGCCGCCCGAUCUGUGGGUGUCGAUGGCGUGUGUGCCGAACCCGACGGCGCAGGUAUUGUUUAGGAAGCGGGCAGCUGCUUGA